AUGGCUUUGGAGUCAGAUCUGAGUCAAAUCCUGACCCAGCUGUUUGCCUGCACCAUGACCCUGGGCCACACCCAGAGCGUCUUCUUCCUAGCCGUGGGCACCCAGCUGGCAUGUGUUCUGACGCUGACUGCACCACUUCCUGGCCCUGUGGCCUGGGGCCGCUCUCCCAGCCUCUUUGAGCCUUCCUUCCUCAGCAGCAAGUCCAGCCCGCCGGCGCGCCUCCUGGCCACCCGGCCUUGCUGCGGCCCCGGCCCGGAGCGGCGCCCGGUGCUGGGCGAAGCGCCGCGCUUCCACGCGCAGGCCAAGGGCAAGAACGUGCGGCUAGACGGCCACUCGCGCCGAGCCACGCGGCGCAACAGUUUCUGCAACGGGGUCACGUUCACGCAGCGGCCCAUCCGGCUGUACGAGCAGGUGCGGCUGCGCCUGGUGGCCGUGCGCCCGGGCUGGAGCGGGGCGCUGCGCUUCGGCUUCACAGCCCACGACCCGUCGCUCAUGAGUGCCCAGGACAUCCCCAAGUACGCCUGUCCUGACCUGGUCACGCGGCCCGGCUACUGGGCCAAGGCGCUGCCAGAGAACCUGGCGCUGCGCGACACGGUGCUGGCCUACUGGGCGGACCGCCACGGCCGCGUCUUCUACAGCGUCAACGACGGCGAGCCCGUGCUCUUCCACUGCGGCGUGGCGGUGGGCGGCCCGCUCUGGGCGCUCAUCGACGUCUACGGCAUCACGGACGAGGUGCAGCUCCUCGAGAGCGGGUUCGCCGACACGCUGACGCCCGCGCGCCUCGGCCAGGCCCGCUUCAGCGCCUGCCUGCCGCCCAGCAGCCACGACGCGGCCAACUUCGACAACAACGAGCUCGAGAACAACCAGGUGGUGGCCAAGCUGGGCCACCUGGCGCUGGGCCGCGCCCCAGGCCCGGCCCCCGCCGACCACGCGGCCGCCGCCAUCCCGUGCGGGCCGCGCGAGCGCCAGCGGCCCUCGUCGUCGCCGGCGCUGCUCGAGGCCGACCUGCGCUUCCACGCGACGCGCGGGCCCGACGUGAGCCUGUCGCUCGACCGCAAGGUGGCCUGCGCGCCGCGCCCCGACGGCGGCCGCACCCUCGUCUUCUCCGAGCGCCCCCUGCGGCCCGGCGAGAGCCUCUUGGUGGAAGUGGGCCGCCCGGGGCUGGCGGCGCCCGGCGCGCUGGCCUUCGGCAUCACGUCGUGCGACCCGGGAGGGCUCCGGCCCGCCGAGCUGCCCGCCGACCCCGACGCGCUCAUCGACCGCAAGGAGUACUGGGUGGUGGCGCGCGCCGGGCCGGUGCCGAGCGGCGGCGACGCGCUCAGCUUCACGCUGCGGCCCGGCGGCGACGUGCUCCUGGGCGUCAACGGGCGCCCGCGCGGCCGCCUGCUGUGCGUCGACACCACGCAGGCGCUCUGGGCUUUCUUCGCCGUGCGCGGUGGCGCCGCCGGCCAGCUGCGCCUCCUUGGAACCCUGCAGUCCAGCCCUGCGACCACAUCCCCGUCAGGGUCCCUCAGCGGCUCCCAGGACGACAGCGACUCCGACAUGGCCUUCAGUGUCAACCAGUCCUCCUCAGCAUCUGAGUCAUCCCUGGUGACGGCACCCAGCUCCCCGCUGAGCCCACCGGUGUCGCCCAUGUCCUCCCCGCCGGAGCUGGGGGGCGGCAAGAGCAGCGAGUGCACCGUGUGCUUCGACGGCGAGGUGGACACGGUCAUCUACACGUGCGGACACAUGUGUCUGUGCCACGGCUGUGGCCUGCGGCUCAAGAGGCAGGCCCGGGCCUGCUGCCCCAUCUGCCGGCGGCCCAUCAAGGACGUCAUUAAGACCUACAGGCCGUAGCCUGGCCCGCCCACGGGCCGUGGCCAGAGCA